AUCAAAUAGUGUUAUUUGACUUGUAUCUUUUUUUCCAAAACGGCGUUCCAGAAUGUGGCCCUUUUAACGAGGCUGUUCACGUGGAACCCUCCCUGGGUUGGUUCUGUGCCGCGUGGCAUUGUGAUAGAACGAACCAGACUGGGAUUCGAAACCCAACCGUCGCCUAUAUUGAGGUUCCUAUAAAUCGGCGGAGGAGAAGAUUGUCCAUAGAUAUGUUUUGAUACGCUAAUAGCUAGCAGAGUUGCUAACUAGCUACAGAUAAUUUGUUGACAUAUUAGUCGAGUUAGCAAACUGGCUAUACUUUGACCAUUCAGACCGUUCUCCCAGUUUAUGCCUGUCAAAGGGUCAUGUUUUAGCGUGACAGUUUGCGCAUCAUUUUGAAUAAUAACAUCUCAGAAACACUGAGAUUUUGGAAGAGCCAAGAUGUCUGGGGAACUAGAGCAGAUUCUCUUACAGCUCACGCAGCCUGACAAUGCGAUUAUUCAGCAGGCCACCGCCCAGCUGAAGCUGGCUUUUAAAGACCCAGCCAUCAUCCCAGCGUUGUGUGCUGUCAUGACUGGGUCCCAGAACUCGCAGAUCCGCCAGUCAGCUGCAGUAAUGUUGCGGAUGAGAGUGAAGAAGCAUUGGAAGAAGAUUAGCCCUGAUCACAGAGAGAGUUUGAAAGCAGUGGUCCUGCAAGCCUUCCAGCAGGAGACAGAACACACAGUACGCCACUCCCUCUCGCAGCUCAGCGCAGUGAUGGUCAAACACGAGACGCCAGACCGCUGGCCUGCUCUAUUCACACUCCUCAACCAGUCCACCAAGAGCAACAACCCAAUGGACAGACAGGUGGGUCUACUCUUGCUCAGCAAAGUGGUGGAGUCCAAUCCGGAGCCCUUCAAGCCCCACUAUCGCCAACUGCUGCAGCUGUUUGGCACCGUGCUGCGAGACCUGGACAACCCCACAGCCAUGUACUACAGCAUCCUCACCCUCACCGCUAUGACUGCCUACACUGGCACAGAAGAGAUGAACCUAAUGCGCUCCCUCAUCCCAACACUGAUCAUUGCUCUCAGACACCUCAUCAAGGCAGACCAGGAUCAGGCCAGUGAGGCCAUGGAGGUGUUCGAUGAGCUGAUGGAGAGUGAGGUGUCCAUCAUGGUCCCACACAUCACUGAAAUUGUCCACUUCUGCUUGGAGGUCAGUGCAGACACUACACUGACUGACUCCCUGCGUGUGAAGGCUCUGUCCUGCAUUGCUUUUCUCAUUCGUCUCAAGAGCAAGACAGUGUUAAAGCAGAAGCUGCUCAAUCCCAUCCUGCAGACGGUGUUCCCCGUGCUUAGUGCAGCGCCACCACCUGGGGAGGAGGACCCUGAGGACGAGGAGAACAGCAAUGAGGACGACACUGACAACGAGAGUCCCAAACACUUUGCUGCUCAGGUUAUUGACACCAUGGCUCUUCACAUGCCCCCUGAGAAACUAUUCCACCAACUGAUGCCGCUGACUCAAGCAUGUCUGGCCAGUGAUAACCCCUAUGAGAGGAAAGCUGGCCUGAUGUGUCUGGCAGUGCUGGCCGAGGGCUGUGCCGACCACAUAAGGACCAAGAUGCUGUCGUCCAUGUUGCAGACGGUGUGCCAGAGUCUGUCAGACAGUAACCAAGUGGUCCGCAGCGCCGGCCUCUUUGCCCUGGGACAGUUUUCUGAGCACCUGCAGCCUGAGGUCAGUAAGUACUGUGCUGAGCUGAUGCCACUGUUGCUGGGCUACAUGUCUGCUCUGAACCAGGCCAAGAUCGGACACGUCACCAAGGCCUUCUACGCCCUGGAGAACUUCCUGGAAAACCUGGGUUCAGAGAUUGAGCCCUACCUGCCCACCCUGAUGGAGACCAUGUUGUCUGCCCUCAGCAACGCAGAGAACCUGAAGCUCAAAGAGCUGGCUGUCAGUGCUAUAGGAGCUAUAGCCAAUGCAGCCAAAGAGAAGCUAGUUCCUUACUUCCUGCCUGUCAUUGAGAGUCUGAAGGGCUUCCUCACUGACACCAGGGAUGAGAUGAGGUCUCUGCAGACACAGGCUCUGGAUACUCUGUCAGUGCUGGCCCGCACCAUAGGUAAGGAGGUGUUCAGCCCCCUGGCUGCAGAGUGUGUUCAGCUGGGACUCAAUCUCACCAACGCUAUCGAUGACCCAGACCUGCGCCGCUGCACGUACAGCCUGUUUUCAGCUGUGUCCACAGUGAGUCCAGACUGUCUGAACCCACACCUCACUGCCAUCACCACCAUCAUGCUUCUGUCUCUCAAGUCCACAGAGGGAGUCACGGCUCACCUUGAGGAGGACAAGACAUUUGUCCUGCUGGAUGACGAUGAUGACGACGAGGCUCAGGGAGACACCAUUUUGGACGAGGAGGGGACUGACAACGUGGACCCAGACAUCGCCGGGUUCAGUGUAGAAAACGCCUACAUUGAUGAGAAGGAGGACACCUGUGACGCCCUGGGAGAGAUUGCCUUCAACACCGGUGCUGCCUUCCAGCCCUUCCUGGAGUCCAGCUUUCAGCAGGUCUAUGAGCUGCGUGAUUUUCCCCACGAGGAUGUGCGCAGGGCUGCCUUCGUGGCCAUGGGCCAGUUCUGCCGAGCUCAGCACAAAGUGUGGCAGGAGAAUCCCACUGAGGCCGACCACCAGGCCCUGCAGAAGCUGCUGGGGGUGGUGCUGCCAAGCUUCCUGGAGGCGGUCCAUAGUGAGCGUGAGCGCCAAGUGGUGAUGGGCGUGCUGGAGGCCAUGAACGCUGUGCUGAAGGCCUGCCAGGGGGAGGCACUGCAGAGCCCCGGGCGCCUGCAGGAGAUCAGCCAGGCCAUCCGAGACGUGCUCAAGAAGAGGGCCACCGCCCAGCUGAAGCUGGCUUUUAAAGACCCAGCCAUCAUCCCAGCGUUGUGUGCUGUCAUGACUGGGUCCCAGAACUCGCAGAUCCGCCAGUCAGCUGCAGUAAUGUUGCGGAUGAGAGUGAAGAAGCAUUGGAAGAAGAUUAGCCCUGAUCACAGAGAGAGUUUGAAAGCAGUGGUCCUGCAAGCCUUCCAGCAGGAGACAGAACACACAGUACGCCACUCCCUCUCGCAGCUCAGCGCAGUGAUGGUCAAACACGAGACGCCAGACCGCUGGCCUGCUCUAUUCACACUCCUCAACCAGUCCACCAAGAGCAACAACCCAAUGGACAGACAGGUGGGUCUACUCUUGCUCAGCAAAGUGGUGGAGUCCAAUCCGGAGCCCUUCAAGCCCCACUAUCGCCAACUGCUGCAGCUGUUUGGCACCGUGCUGCGAGACCUGGACAACCCCACAGCCAUGUACUACAGCAUCCUCACCCUCACCGCUAUGACUGCCUACACUGGCACAGAAGAGAUGAACCUAAUGCGCUCCCUCAUCCCAACACUGAUCAUUGCUCUCAGACACCUCAUCAAGGCAGACCAGGAUCAGGCCAGUGAGGCCAUGGAGGUGUUCGAUGAGCUGAUGGAGAGUGAGGUGUCCAUCAUGGUCCCACACAUCACUGAAAUUGUCCACUUCUGCUUGGAGGUCAGUGCAGACACUACACUGACUGACUCCCUGCGUGUGAAGGCUCUGUCCUGCAUUGCUUUUCUCAUUCGUCUCAAGAGCAAGACAGUGUUAAAGCAGAAGCUGCUCAAUCCCAUCCUGCAGACGGUGUUCCCUGUGCUUAGUGCAGCGCCACCACCUGGGGAGGAGGACCCUGAGGACGAGGAGAACAGCAAUGAGGACGACACUGACAACGAGAGUCCCAAACACUUUGCUGCUCAGGUUAUUGACACCAUGGCUCUUCACAUGCCCCCUGAGAAACUAUUCCACCAACUGAUGCCGCUGACUCAAGCAUGUCUGGCCAGUGAUAACCCCUAUGAGAGGAAAGCUGGCCUGAUGUGUCUGGCAGUGCUGGCCGAGGGCUGUGCCGACCACAUAAGGACCAAGAUGCUGUCGUCCAUGUUGCAGACGGUGUGCCAGAGUCUGUCAGACAGUAACCAAGUGGUCCGCAGCGCCGGCCUCUUUGCCCUGGGACAGUUUUCUGAGCACCUGCAGCCUGAGGUCAGUAAGUACUGUGCUGAGCUGAUGCCACUGUUGCUGGGCUACAUGUCUGCUCUGAACCAGGCCAAGAUCGGACACGUCACCAAGGCCUUCUACGCCCUGGAGAACUUCCUGGAAAACCUGGGUUCAGAGAUUGAGCCCUACCUGCCCACCCUGAUGGAGACCAUGUUGUCUGCCCUCAGCAACGCAGAGAACCUGAAGCUCAAAGAGCUGGCUGUCAGUGCUAUAGGAGCUAUAGCCAAUGCAGCCAAAGAGAAGCUAGUUCCUUACUUCCUGCCUGUCAUUGAGAGUCUGAAGGGCUUCCUCACUGACACCAGGGAUGAGAUGAGGUCUCUGCAGACACAGGCUCUGGAUACUCUGUCAGUGCUGGCCCGCACCAUAGGUAAGGAGGUGUUCAGCCCCCUGGCUGCAGAGUGUGUUCAGCUGGGACUCAAUCUCACCAACGCUAUCGAUGACCCAGACCUGCGCCGCUGCACGUACAGCCUGUUUUCAGCUGUGUCCACAGUGAGUCCAGACUGUCUGAACCCACACCUCACUGCCAUCACCACCAUCAUGCUUCUGUCUCUCAAGUCCACAGAGGGAGUCACGGCUCACCUUGAGGAGGACAAGACAUUUGUCCUGCUGGAUGACGAUGAUGACGACGAGGCUCAGGGAGACACCAUUUUGGACGAGGAGGGGACUGACAACGUGGACCCAGACAUCGCCGGGUUCAGUGUAGAAAACGCCUACAUUGAUGAGAAGGAGGACACCUGUGACGCCCUGGGAGAGAUUGCCUUCAACACCGGUGCUGCCUUCCAGCCCUUCCUGGAGUCCAGCUUUCAGCAGGUCUAUGAGCUGCGUGAUUUUCCCCACGAGGAUGUGCGCAGGGCUGCCUUCGUGGCCAUGGGCCAGUUCUGCCGAGCGCAGCACAAAGUGUGGCAGGAGAAUCCCACUGAGGCCGACUACCAGGCCCUGCAGAAGCUGCUGGGGGUGGUGCUGCCAAGCUUCCUGGAGGCGGUCCAUAGUGAGCGUGAGCGCCAAGUGGUGAUGGGCGUGCUGGAGGCCAUGAACGCUGUGCUGAAGGCCUGCCAGGGGAGGCACUGCAGAGCCCCGGGCGCCUGCAGGAGAUCAGCCAGGCCAUCCGAGACGUGCUCAAGAAGAGGACUGUGUGUCAGGACGGAGGAGGAGACGAGGCAGAUGAUGAAGAGCAGCAGGCGGAGUAUGAUGCCAUGCUGCAGGAGUUUGCCGGCGAGGGAUCCCCCUGCUAGCCUCUGCCGUCCCAGCGGAGACCUUCCAGCC